UGGGAACGACUGCGGAUGCCCUAAAUUUAUGAGCGGGACGUGGAAAACGUGAAGGAACUAACCGUAUCAGCUAAACCACGUUUCAAUUCAAGCAUUCAAGCAUACGAUAUAGGAUUGCCGUAGCACUACCCCACGGAUUUUUUUGUUAUUAUCAAUUGUCUGGUUUAGUUUCAUUUCCGACUAUAUUAUAUUUCGGUUAUGUUUUGAUUAGCUAGCCUGCACGGGCUGUCUAAACAUACGUUCAAAUAUACAUCUGUUUCAUUGUUGAAUUUGGCUUACGAUGGCCGAAAGGAGUUGUCCUCCACCGGAUAGGAAAGUCCUGUGUUUAUUUGACGUUGACGGCACGCUGACACCUGCUAGAGAAAAGAUUGAUCCGCAGCUGGAAGAGUUUUUUCAGUCUCUGCGCAAAAAGGUGAAGAUCGGAGUCGUAGGCGGGUCUGACUACUCCAAGAUUGCCGAGCAGCUGGGGAGUGGAGAUGACGUAGUACACAAGUUCGACUACGUGUUUGCCGAAAACGGCACAGUACAGUACAAGGAUGGAAAACUCAUCUCCAAGCAGGCCAUACAGAACCAGCUGGGGGAGGAGCUAUUACAGGACCUGAUCAACUUCUGUCUCAGUUAUAUGGGGCUCAUCAAACUGCCGAAGAAAAGGGGCACGUUUAUUGAAUUCAGGAAUGGAAUGCUCAACAUCUCUCCCAUUGGUCGGAGCUGUACACUGGAAGAGCGAAUCGAAUUCUCUGAAAUUGACAAGAAAGAGAAGAUCCGAGAGAAGUUUGUGGCAGCCCUGCAGAAGGAGUUUGCUGGGAAGGGACUGCGAUUCACUAAGGGGGGUCUCAUAAGUUUCGACGUGUUCCCAGAGGGAUGGGACAAGAGACUGUGCCUGGAUGUUCUGGAAAAGGAAGGGCUGGAUGCCAUCUACUUUUUUGGCAAUGAGACUGCACCUGGGGGUAAUGACUACGAAAUCUUCAAUGACCCACGGACCAUCGGCUUUACCGUCACCUCCCCCGAAGACACAGCUCGACUCUGCCGAGACCUUUUCUUCAGUGAUUCCCCUAAGGAAUCGUGAUGACUGGCGCUUAAGUUUUGUGUGCCACAUGUGCUCCCCCUGCUGUUUAAGACUGAUACUACACAAAGAGCAGGGACAAUGGGUGUGAUGCAUGUUGAUAUACUUCUGUACUUGUAACUGUUGUGGUUGUACUAAGCACUGUUGUAAGUGUAAGUGAUUAUACACUAUAACUUAAUGUCGAAAACUGGAAAACGGAACAAGAAGGCAAACUUAAUUAAUUAUUUAUUAACUGAGUCAUAACACUGUCGGAGGGACACCUCUAAAAGGGAACAUGGCUGUGUGUCUGUAAGUGUCCAUUACAGGCAAGUGUUU